AUGCUGCUUCUAGCGAUUUGCUUGAUUUCCUACAGUACCCAAGCGUUCCAAGUAGUCGUUGACAAUCGCUAUCAGCAGAACUACUACUACACCAAUCUGGGAGCUCCGAAACUGCCAUUCCCAGACGAUGACACAGUCACCAAGAAGGAUAGUAUCAAGCGUGGAAUUUGUUUGAGAGAUCACGACUUUCUUUGUAACACCCACAAUAAGAACCUGACUUGUACUUGCUAUCAGUAUGACACUAAGAGGGUAAUGUUCAGGAUAUGGUUAAUAUAACUAAAGUUUUUUUAGGAAACGGAAUUUCCAAAAUGUGAUGAAAAGUUCAAUAUCACUAGUCCUAGCUUCACGGUUCUUCGCUUAAAAACUCCGAUGCCAUCUUACCCAGAGUACAUUGACGAAAUCGACCAGGUGUUCGUACAAGCCCUUUCCGAUGCUUCAGCUAUCGAUGCGGUAAGUAUGUUCGUUUGCUUCUACAACCAUGUAAAACCUUAUAACCUUACUGUUUCAUAAUCACAGCGAGGUUAUAUAACCGUACUGUUUCAUAAUGACUAGAGUUUUUAAUAUCCAUCCUUAAUACCUUCACCACAGGUAAUCAGAACUAUCAAAACACUAAAUUAAUCUUUCAGGAGAACAUCUUCAUCAUCCGAAAGACUUGCAACGCCCGCUACAUGUACAUUUACUUCGGAGUGAUUCAAGACAUCAGCAAAGUCAACUACAACAACAUUGGAACCCGUGAUCUCAGUUACAUUACUCCAAAGAGGUUUUUGGACAAUCACAACGUCACCUAUCAGAGCUGGGUGCCUGUUCGCUCCAUUGACAAGGUAAACUAAACUUAACACACAAUCCGUUAUCAAUAUUACUGUACAUUGUUAGGUUAAUCGACUGCCCGAGAUCGUGUGUACCAAGUGCGACUACUACCGCAAGAACAUGAAAAUCUCCCCAAUGGACGAGCCCACCAAGCACGCCCUUCACACCGUCCAGCUCGACGAAAUGAUGGAAAAAGGUAAUGACGAAGAGUAUCUCGCAGCAGUCUGUUAUGAUCGUGAGCUCGAGAUUCGGCUAGUGUUCGUUGCGGUCAUGUUUUUCAUUUUCGUCACAAUGUUAUUUAAAAUUCAUUAUGAUGUUUGAAUUUGAGUUUUUUUCUAUUGUAUAAUUUGAUUUUAACUCUUUGGCCUUUGAAUUGAACAUUUAAUGCCUGUUUUAAGACGAUCCCACCAAAUGA